UUUUUUUUUGUAGUCUAUACUGAUAUCAAAUGUCAAUGGAUCCCACUCAUAUUCCAUCUUUAAAGGCCUCUAAUUCUGAGUCGGUAUUGAAAAGAAAUUCUAAUGAUGUUGGAUGGAAUUAUGGAGUUAUUGUGGAUGUCAAAAAUAAGGACCGCCUAAAAUGCAUUUUGUGUGGGAAUCAGUAUACUGGAGGGGUUAGUAGGAUGAAAAAACAUAGAGCUCAGGUUAAGGGAGAUGUUGCCUCAUGUACUAAGGCAAGCAAGGAAGAUCUAUUAAAGUGUAAAAAGGCACUUGAUGAGACAGCAACUAAAAAGAGAGAAGAAGCAAGAAGGCAUGAAUCGGGAGGAAGUUAAUAUAGUACAUGGAGAAGGUGAUGAAUUUGAAGAUGAUGAAGUUGAGCACGUAGGUUCAAGGAACAGGCCCCACGUUCUUGGUCCCCUAGAUAGACAUACAGAGAUCAAUCCCUGUUCUUCUGACACGACUACGAGUGGAUUCAAGAAGAUAAAACAACCAAACAUAACUGAUGCAAUUUGGAAGAAGAGGAGUCAUGAAGUGAGUCAAUACUUGGCUCGAUGGGUGUACGAAGCCGGUAUUCCAUUUCAUGCCGUAGACAAUAAUAGUUUCAAACGUUUUGUUGAAGCGGUUAGCCAAUUUGGACCGGGAUACCAACCUCCAAGCCAAUACCAACUAAGGGAGCUAUUGUUGAAGGAGGAGGUGGAUAAAACAAAAAAAUUACUCAAGAAGCAAGAAGAAGAGUGGGCUUUGACAGGUUAUUCUAUCAUGACGGAUGCUUGGACCGAUCGAAAGAGGAGAAGCAUUAUGGACUUGUGUGUUAUUUGUAAGCAAGGGACUUGUUUUCUUUCUUCGAAGGAAGAUUCGGAGGCAUCACACACGAGGGUGUAUAUCUUUAAAUACGUUGACAAGUUCAUUGAAGAUAUUGGGGCACAAAAUGUAGUCCAAGUAGUCACGGAUAAUGCAUCCAACAAUAUGGCAACGGCGGAUUUGCUAAAGAUCAAAAGGCCUAACAUAUUUUGGACCUCAUGCGGCACCCACACGAUAAAUCUCAUGCUUGAAGGAAUCGGUAAGCAAUCCAAGUUUAAAGGAACUAUUGAUAAGGCCAAGGCGUUCAUUAUUUUUGUUCAUGCUCAUCAUAAUUCAUUGGCGAUAAUGAGAAAAUAAACGAAAAGGAGAGACAUAGUGAGGCCAGGUGUUACUAGAUUCACGACAGCCUUCUUGACUUUACAAAGGUUGAUGGAAAAGAAACAAGAAUUGCAGGCAAUGUUUAGUAGUGAGGCAUGGGACAAGUAAAUGGGCGAAGAGCCCAAAGGGGAAAACGGCAUUUGCUACCAUGAUGAGUACGGCAUUUUGGAAUGGUGUAACCUUAUACUGGAAAGUGUUUGGUCCGUGAUGAGCAUUACAGAUUCAUCAUCUAGCUUUUGCAGAUGAUCUGUUUGUCCUUUGUGGGGCUGAUCAGGGAUCUUUUACUACAAUCAAAGCUGCCUUGGAUGAUUUCUAUUCCUUUUCUGGUCUCCGUCCCAACCUCCAUAAAAGUGCUGUCUUUUAUUCUGGUGUGAGCAAUGAUCUUAAAGUGGUGUUGCAAGCUAUUCUCCCUAUUCCCGAGGGCAGUCUUCCUGUCAAGUAUUUAAGGGUGCCUCUCAUCACUUCCAGACUCUCUUAUUCUGAUUGUGUUCAACUCAAGGAUAAAAUUUUACAAAGCAUCAACAGCUGGACAACAAAGUUAUUGUCCUUCGGGGAUCGAUCUCAAUUAAUUAGUUCUGUGUUAUGGAGCAUGCAAGUAUACUGGUGUUCGAUUUUCAUCCUUCCUCAAAAGUUAUUGAAGGAAAUUGAGGGUUUGCUCAGGGCCUUUUUGUGGACAGGUGUUCAUCUAAGACAAGCUGGGGCAAAAAUUAAGUGGGAAUGGCUCUGCACCCCAAAAGAAGAAGGUGGUUUGGGUUUCAAGCCUCUCAAAGUCUGGAAUAAAGCAACCAUGAUUCGGCACAUGUGGGCUUUAAGCAAGAAAUCUGACUCUUUAUGGGUUAGAUGGGUCCAUUCAUAUAUCAUAAAAAGGAAGUGUCUUUGGCAAAUGUGUUUGCCUCAAGACUCUUCUUGGACCAUCAGAAAACUUUUUAAGCUUAGAGAGGUAGUGCAGCCCCUCAUCAAGUAUGUGAUUGGUAAUGGGAACACUACUUUUCUUUGGCUAGAUUACUGGCAUGAUGUAGGACCUCUCUAUAAAGUAUUUGGUGCAGGCAUAGUUAAUAAUGUGGGCAGCUCUCUGCUGGCCAAGUUUCAUCAAUCAUUAAAAAUGGAGAGUGGUGCUGGCCUAGACAAAGGAAUAGGGCCAUUAUGCAACUUAUGAGGAGUACCCCUUCAAUCUUUAGGCCUAACAUAGGUGUUGAUGAUUCUGUGAUCUGGAUUCCUGCCUCAAAUGGUACGUUCUCUGUUAAAACUACUUGGGAGACUCCUAGAACUCCUCUCCCUACUAUUCCGUGGGCUCCGGUUGUUUGGUUCAAGCAAGGUAUUCCUAGAUGGGCUUUUAUUAUGUGGCUUGUUUGUUGGGGGCGUCUUUCGACAAAGGAUAGACUUCUCUCUUGGGGAAUGAUGGUGGAUCCCCUAUGUGUCCUAUGUUCUAAUGUGCAUGAGUCCCAUAAGCAUUUUUUUUUUUAUUGUUCUUUCUCAGCAUGCAUUUGGGGUAAAGUUCUUCAUAUGUUUAGCAUUUCUAGAAGUCCAACAGAAUGGGGGCAAGAAAUAGGUUGGGCUAUUCAGCACCUCAAGAAGAAAUGUCUUUUCUCUGCCCUCUACAAGUUAGCCAUGGCGGGUACAGUGUGGCAUUGUUUUUGGCAACAAGCAGUACACUUCAGAUGCCAUCUAUGAUAUUAUUGUCAAGGAUGUGAGGGAUAGAGCAUCUUCUUGGCGGAAUUAUGGUCGUAGCACUAUUAAUAGAGCUUUGUGUAGAGCUUGGAACAUCUCAGAACAUAUUUUGUAACUAAUUGUAGUUAGGCUCUUGUUUUUUUUUUUUUAAGUUUGGCGUUCCUGUCUAGUUUUCCAGUAGGUUGCUGGUUUUUCCGGGUUAUGCCCUUUGUUUCUUGUAUUCUUGUCUCUUUUUGGUAAUAAAAUCUCUCUUUACCAAAAAAAAAGUGUUUGGUCUGUUGGUGAUGGUUCUUCGACUUGUUGAUGGGGAUCGGAAGCCCUCAAUGGACUUUGUACAUGGAAGCUCAAAAAAGCAAAAGAAGAAAUCAAAGAGGCAUACAAGCAAGUUGAGACUAACUACCGGCCGAUACUAGAUAUCAUUGAUGGGAAAGCCAAGGGCAGGUUAGAUAGUGCAUUGAAUUUGACGGCUUACUUUUUGAAUCCUUUUUACUUCUACAAAGAUCAUACCAUUCAAGAUGAUCCUAUCAUUAUGGAUGGGGUUCUUACUUGUGUUGAAGCUUUCUUUCCCGAUGAUGUCAAUGUUCAAGAUGAAGUCAUCAAUAGAGAGUUGUUGAAGUACAAGAACAAAGAUGGUGGAUUUGGAAGACCAUUAGCCACAAUGGGAUGUGUGACGAACAAUGACUCUUAUGAUCCAGGUAAAUAAGUAGUUACUUUUCUUAGUAUUAUUUUUUUUUGCUACCGAGGUUAAUUAGUACUAAUGGAAUUGUGCUUCUUUCAUGAAAAGUUGGAUGGUGAUCUAACUAUGGCAAUCAUACGCCCAAUUUGAAAAGAAUGGCCACUCAAAUUUUCUCUCUGACUUUAAGUUCAUCGGGGUGUGAGAGAAAUUGGAGCACUGUUGAGGGAUUAUAUUAACUUAGGAUUUUUCUUUUUUGUAUAGAUACAUACAAAGAAAAGGAAUAGACUAGUUACGACAAGGUUGAACAAUCUAGUGUAUGUCCAAUUCAAUGCCAAACU